AUGAAGGUCACUAUGAACACCAAGCUGGCUGUCGCAGUCCUUGCUCACAUGAGCACUCGAGUGGCUGCGGACCGCCACAUUCGUUUCACUGACGAGACCUCUGGACUUGUUGAGCCUGUUCUCACCACUGUCUCUGAAGGUGCCAUUGGCCUACCCAUUCCCACUGACGCGUUCGAUGGCGUUGUUGUCCUCGAGACUUCUGUCUGUCGCGCAGUCACCUCCACUGUCUGCGAGACUUUCGAGGUCAUCUCCCAGGUGACUCCCUCCAUGGUCGACAUCACCACCACUCCUGUUGUGGCCACUCCCGUCGUCACUGAGCCCGUUGGCAUCACUGUCUCCGACAAGGUCUCCACCAGCGUUGGCCACUCUUCCACCGCUCAGAAGAGCACUGCCACUGCUGAGUCUUCCAGCAUUGUCACCCCUGUUCCUACUUCUGGCGCUGAGAAGAAGGAUUCCGAGGGCGCUGGCAUCUUGGCUGGCCUGGCUCUGCUUCUCGUUAUCUAA